CUACACCCACCUCUCGUAGAGAGCCGUGACACAUCCUGAGUAGAGACCAAAGGUAGGCUAUAAAAGGAGAAGGCUUAAUGUUUAGCAACACAUUUAUCAGCACAGCGUCAGAGAGGUUGACACAUCGUCAGCGAGAUGAAGAUGGUGAUAUUGGCUGUGGCUCUAGCCCUGGUGUUGGCUAGCGGUGAAGCAUUGGAUUGUCUGCGCUGUGUGCCAGCUAAGGCAGGAGCAGACUGUGAGGUGACAGUAGAAACAUGUCCACCCGAGAAGGACGGCUGUGCGGCCGCCAAGUUCUUCAGAGCACCAUUUGGCCAUUUCCAGAGAUGCAUGGACAUGUCUGGCUGUAAGCAGUUCCAAACCAACGCUAACAUCAACAUGAAGUGUUGUGACACUGACAAGUGCAACACAUUCUAGACCUUCUGCUGUGUGUCAGCAUUGGCCAGCUACUCUGAGACUACUCUGCCGUGUGUCAGCAUUGGUUGAAUCAACGUUGAACCAACGUGGAUUAAACAUUGAAUUGACGUAUGUGCCCAGUUGGGAUCCUACCAUCACGUCAACAUUCUAAUUUAUCAACAAUUAUAUUGACUUAAAAUAAACCAAACUUUUGAAACGCU